UUUCUAUCUUGUUCAAUAAAUCUUCUAACAUUAUGAUUCACAUUUGACAUUCCUUAACAAAAAAUCCACUAUGACCAUCUAAAGAGGAUUUGAUUUUGCCUCUUUUUUGUUUCUGUCUCAGUCUCUAUCUUAGAUAAAGAUUCAGUCUUUGCACUCAAGAAUGGCGAAAGAGAACAGUGGUCAUCAUCACCAAACAGAAGCAAGAAGAAAGAAACUAACUUUGAUUCUUGGUGUAAGUGGACUCUGCAUUUUGUUCUAUGUUUUAGGUGCAUGGCAAGCCAAUACCGUCCCAUCUUCUAUCUCGAAGCUCGGAUGCGAGACGCAAUCAAACCCUUCUUCGUCCUCUUCCUCUUCCUCAUCUUCAGAGUCAGCUGAACUAGAUUUCAAAAGCCAUAAUCAGAUUGAGUUAAAGGAAACAAACCAAACCAUUAAGUACUUUGAACCAUGUGAAUUAUCUCUCAGUGAGUACACUCCUUGUGAAGACCGACAAAGAGGAAGAAGAUUCGAUAGGAACAUGAUGAAAUAUAGAGAAAGACAUUGUCCUGUAAAAGAUGAGCUUCUUUAUUGUUUGAUUCCUCCUCCACCAAACUACAAGAUUCCAUUUAAAUGGCCACAAAGUAGAGACUAUGCUUGGUAUGACAAUAUCCCUCACAAGGAACUUAGUGUUGAGAAAGCAGUUCAAAACUGGAUUCAAGUUGAAGGUGACCGCUUUAGAUUCCCUGGUGGUGGUACUAUGUUUCCUCGUGGAGCUGAUGCUUAUAUCGAUGAUAUUGCUAGGCUUAUUCCUCUUACUGAUGGUGGAAUCAGAACAGCUAUUGACACUGGAUGUGGUGUUGCAAGUUUUGGUGCUUACCUCUUGAAGAGAGACAUUAUGGCUGUGUCUUUUGCUCCAAGAGACACUCAUGAAGCUCAGGUACAGUUUGCUUUAGAACGCGGAGUUCCUGCGAUAAUCGGGAUUAUGGGAUCAAGAAGACUUCCUUAUCCAGCUAGAGCUUUUGAUCUUGCUCAUUGUUCUCGUUGUUUGAUCCCUUGGUUUAAAAAUGAUGGUUUGUACCUUAUGGAGGUCGACCGGGUUUUAAGACCGGGCGGUUACUGGAUCCUCUCGGGACCACCGAUUAACUGGAAACAGUACUGGAGAGGGUGGGAGAGAACAGAGGAGGAUUUGAAGAAAGAGCAAGAUUCAAUAGAAGAUGUAGCAAAGAGUCUUUGCUGGAAGAAAGUAACUGAAAAAGGUGACUUAUCAAUUUGGCAAAAGCCUCUCAAUCACAUUGAGUGUAAAAAGCUCAAACAAAACAAUAAGUCACCUCCGAUAUGCAGCUCAGAUAACGCGGAUUCCGCUUGGUACAAAGACUUGGAAACUUGUAUAACACCAUUACCAGAAACAAACAAUCCAGAUGAUUCAGCAGGCGGUGCACUCGAGGAUUGGCCAGACCGAGCAUUCGCGGUACCUCCAAGAAUCAUCAGAGGAACUAUACCAGAAAUGAACGCGGAGAAAUUUAGAGAAGACAACGAGGUUUGGAAAGAGAGAAUAGCACAUUACAAGAAGAUAGUCCCUGAGCUUUCACAUGGAAGAUUCAGGAACAUUAUGGACAUGAACGCUUUUCUCGGCGGAUUCGCUGCUUCCAUGCUGAAAUAUCCCUCAUGGGUCAUGAACGUUGUCCCGGUCGAUGCAGAGAAACAAACGUUAGGUGUGAUCUACGAACGUGGAUUGAUAGGGACGUAUCAAGAUUGGUGUGAAGGAUUCUCAACGUAUCCAAGAACUUAUGAUAUGAUUCAUGCAGGAGGAUUGUUCAGCUUAUACGAACAUAGGUGUGAUUUGACGUUGAUAUUGUUGGAGAUGGAUCGAAUUUUGAGACCAGAAGGAACAGUUGUGUUGAGAGAUAAUGUGGAGACGUUGAAUAAGGUAGAGAAGAUAGUGAAGGGAAUGAAGUGGAAGAGUCAAAUUGUUGAUCAUGAGAAAGGUCCUUUUAAUCCUGAGAAGAUUCUUGUUGCUGUUAAAACUUAUUGGACUGGUCAACCUUCUGACAAGAACAACAACAACAACAACAACAACAACAACUAGUGUUCCAACUCUCUAGGAACUCUUCACUCUUUUGUUGUUGUUGUGUUUUUUUUACUUUACGCAGAUUCUGAUUUUUUAUUUUAUUUUUUUUUCUUUUUCAAUCAUGUUUAAUGACUAUUAGGUUUAGACAACAUUUUUAACGUAAUUUAUAAGUUAACAAUUUUUUUUAAUUUAAACCUAUUUCUGAAA